AUGUCCGACGAUCAGGAGCUCGUUACCAAGCCUUUCAAGUUCGUCACUGGCACCGAUGCCCGCUUCCCGAACAUGAACCAGACCAAGCACUGCUGGCAAAACUAUGUCGACUACCACAAGUGCAUCAACGCCAAGGGCGAGGACUUCGCCCCCUGCCGCCAGGUCCGGACUCUCGGCGAUUACUCUUUAGACGCACCAGAAAACUAA